AAGAAAAGAAAGGAAUAUUAGUAACAGGAUCAAGUGAUAAAAAAGUAAAAGUAUGGAAAAUUAAUGAGAAAACAUUAAUUAAUGAAAAAGUAUUCAGUGGACAAAAUUGUGGAAUUGUAGGAUUAACAUUAAAUAAUGAUAAUAUUAGAAUUGGAUAUAAAAAUGGAGUUAUUAAAGAUAUAAACAUUGUCUCAGGAAUUGCAAAUGAAGUUGUUACUGGAUUUCAAGUUAAUGGAUUUACUUUUAAUGAACAAUUAGUUCUUGGAUAUGAAAGAACUGUAACAUUAUUAGACCCAAAUAAAUUAGAAAUAAUAGGUGAAUAUCAACAAACAGCAAUUAGAUUAAAAGGUCAUCAUGCAGGUGUAAAUCAUUUUGAUUUUAUUGAAGAUAAAAUAAUAACUUGUUCUAAUGAUAAAAAUAUAAUGGUAUGGGAUUAUAGAAAACCUGAAAUUCCUUUAAAAAUAUUACAAAAUCAUACAGGUGAAGUAAUUUUUAUUAAACAUGAAAAUGAUAAAAUUAUUUCUUCUUCUAAAGAUAUGACUUUAUCUUUAAUUGAUUCUCAAAAUUUUAAUCUAAUUAAUACCAUAAAUACACAUUCUAUUGUUUCUUCAUUUACUUAUGAUGAUAGAUAUUUAUUUUGUGGAUGUUCUUCUGGAGAGUUAAUGUUAUUUGAUUUCUCUUAA